AUGGAUCACCUAUGGGAGACUCGCGCGGAGCUGCAGGAGGAGGCCUGGAAUUUCCUGCACGGACUGGAAGAUGAGGUGCCCUGUACUGUGGAGACUUUGCAACUCUACGAGGACUUUCUGUCGCAGCACGGCAUCCUAGCGGCCGGUGGCGCGCUGGUGACCACGAGCAAAGCGUUGGAGGAGGCGGAGACUGCGUUGCGCGACGCUGAACCCACCUUGGCCGGUGCCCGGAGCACCGGCGCGGCGCCGCAGGCGGCGAUCGCGAAGCCCAGCAUGGCGUGCGCGGCGGCGAAGGGAGGAAAGGUAUCCAAAGUUGGUACCUGGAAGUGA